CGUUGGCAUGAAGCAGGAGGCAACAGCACCAGCUCUCUUGUCAGUCUGCCGUAUUCGUUGAUUGCGUGCGGUUCGCCGUUGUUCUCGUUGCAGUUGAACGCUUAACGGAUUUGUGUGGCGCGAAAUAUAUUUGUAUUUGCUUUUGAGAAGGUAGAUUCUUGAAAAUCACACAGCUGCAGGAUGGAAACGGAGUCACUGAAUCGCAAGAACUCCUCAAGGAAGAGCUCAAUUGUAAAUGGCAAUGGAGAUGCAACCGACAAACUGACCAGCGGCGAUGAUGGCGCUGGCGGGGAUGGUGGCGGUGAGGUGACGCUUAAGGCCAAAAUGAGCUUAUUGAAUGGUUGCACAGUCAUUGUGGGCUCCAUCAUUGGCUCGGGCAUCUUUGUGUCACCCACCGGAGUGCUCAUGUAUACAGGCAGUGUUAACUUGGCCCUUAUUGUGUGGGUCAUUUCCGGUCUCUUCUCAAUGGUGGGCGCCUAUUGUUAUGCGGAACUCGGCACGAUGAUAACCAAAUCUGGUGCGGAUUAUGCUUACAUUAUGGAAACUUUCGGACCAUUUAUGGCAUUCAUACGUCUUUGGAUCGAGUGCAUGAUUGUGCGUCCCUGUUCGCAAGCGAUUGUUGCAUUAACAUUUAGUACCUACGUCCUGAAACCUUUCUUUCCGGAGUGCUCACCACCGGAGGAUGCAUCACGACUGCUGGCCGUUUGUUGUAUAUUGGUGCUGACUCUGAUCAAUUGCUGGGACGUUAAAUGGGCGACCGCUGUGCAGGAUAUAUUCACAUAUGCGAAACUGCUGGCCUUGUUUAUCAUCAUUGCGACGGGAGUGUAUCAGCUAUAUCUGGGCAAUGUGAAAUACUUUACGUUCGAUAACAGCGACACGCAGGUCACAUCCUUGGCAUUGUCCUUCUACUCGGGCCUGUUUGCCUACAACGGCUGGAAUUACUUGAACUUUAUCAUUGAGGAGCUGAAGGAUCCCGUCAAGAAUCUGCCACGUGCCAUUGCCAUCAGUUGCACCCUGGUUACCAUCGUCUAUGUGAUGGCCAACGUAUCCUUCUACACCAUCCUCUCGCCCGAAGAGGUCAUGGGCUCCUCGGCCGUUGCUGUUACCUAUGCGGAAAAAGCCUUCGGCAUGCUGGCCUGGACCAUACCAGUAUUUGUGGCUUUGUCCACGUUUGGUGCCGUCAAUGGCAUUUUACUCACCUCCUCGCGUCUGUUCUACGCUGGCGCCAAUAAUGGUCAGAUGCCAGAAAUUCUAACCAUGAUUCAAAUUCAACGCUUUACGCCCACUCCGGCUAUCCUGGCAAUGGCGCUGCUUUCCAUGUUGUACCUGACUGUCUCCGAUAUCUUUGCGCUCAUCAACUAUGUGGGCUUUGCCACUUGGCUAAGCAUUGGCGUUGCUGUACUUUGUUUGCCGUGGCUGCGUUGGGCACAACCGAACUUGCCCCGCCCCAUUCGUGUACCGUUGGUAUUCCCCAUUGUGUACCUGAUUGCCACAGUAUUCGUAACCGUUGUGCCCAUGUACGCGAGUCCUGUGGAGACAGGCUAUGGCAUCCUCAUGAUACUAUCCAGCAUACCGGUCUAUUUGUUAUUCAUUGCCUGGAAGAACAAACCAAUUUGGUUCCAAAAAUCCAUGGGCGGACUUACACAAGUACUACAGAAACUGAUGAUGGUUGUGCGUCCCAAAGCGGCGUCAAAGUAAGCCUCACACGUUUCCUACAAAAGCUGCUCAUGGUACUCGGCAAGCAGACGAAACCAGCUCAGGUGUAGAGAUUAGCAGAUGUAGAGGAUUCAUCACUUGGACUUAUGUAUGUUGAAAAUUACCAAGCAGAUGGGAUAGAUCACGUUAGCCAAACAGCAAAUGAUAGCAUUUAAUAUAAUAUUGCAUAACGAAAAGAAAGAAAACAAAACUCAAAAGCUUUUGUGUAGCCAGGCAAUUAUGAAAUUAUAUAUACACAACAAAUUCCGGUGCUUGACGUAUUCGAAUUGAGAAUUUUCUUCAAGAGCCAGCAAUGAAAAACUACGAAUAGAUAUAUUUUUAUAUAUGUUUUAAGUUUAUACUAAGCCCAGUGCAGCAUGUUUCAUUUCCUUUCUUUGAUUCCAUCACAAAAAUUGAACUAACAUUUAGCAUUGAACCCAAAAUUGCAAAGACUGUAAAAAAAAACAAAAGCAAAAGAAUAAAAAAAAAGCAAAAAGAAAAUUGUUCAAAGCCUAUUGUUACUUGAAUUUUUUUUUACUUACACUCAAAAGAAUGAAGAAUAUUGUAUUCUGAACCAGAGAAUAAAUUUCAAGAAAAUUUAUAAAUUUUAAAUCGAUUCGUACACCCAAAACAUUUAGAAUAUUGUUCUCAAAACAAGUAUAAGCAUUAUGGGCAAUGUUGAAAAUUCCAGACCAGAGAAAGAAAUGCGUGUUUCAAGAAAUCUAUAAAUUUUACAGAGCCUUCGCAUAAGCUAAUUACUCUUAGUGUGUGAGUAAUCAAAAUACAUAUACAUUCUACAAGCUCUUGUGAAUAUUAUAUACACAAAAUAACAAUUAUUUUGCCCUUUUCCCACUUUUAAAUGGGUGCAGGUUACAAUAAUAAUAAUAUUAUCCAUUAAGCAGUACAGCUAUCUUUAUGUUGACGAAGACCUUUGCUCCUUAUGGAGCUAAACUCAUUUGUACAAUGAACAUUAUAAUGCAUUUUAAGAAUAUCGCAUUAAAGAGUUUCAAAAAUAUUAUUCUUUUUGGCAGCACCUUAAAGUAUAUUAAUUAAAAUUAGUAGAGACAUGCUCAAUUAUAUUGAAAUCAUUGCAUUUUAUGUUUAGAUUAUGAUUUAAAAUUAUUUUUUAAGUAACUUUAGUUGGUUUUUUUUUGUUUGGAAUUUAUCACAUUUGUCAGAACUGCCAGUUUGAAAUGGAAACCCCGGAGAUAACUUAUACCCUACCUUCAAUAGAGUACAUAGCCAACUGCACAUAUCCUAACUGUUCAAAACAUUGCCAAGAUAUAAAACAUAUUUAAAAAAAAAAAAAAAAAAGAUCUGAA